GGUGCUAAUCUUUUGACAACAACCCUGUCAUGGGUGAUUUGGACAAACAAUUCACAGCUUUUUCGAAAUUCGGAGAUUCAAAAUCAGAUGGUAAAACUAUAACCCUAACCCAAAUUGAUAAGUGGUUAAAACAAGCACAAGUAUUCGACAAGAAAUUGACAACUACUGAUACCGGUAUUGAAUUCGGUAAACUGAAGGCCAAAACGAUUGAUUUUAAAACAUUCAAUCAGUUUCUUGAUGGUUUAGCUAAAGCAAAGGGUAUUCCGGUGGAUGAUAUUAAAACAAAAUUGGUGAACUGUGGUGCUCCAGGCACAGCCAAUACAACUCAGGCAGUCCAUGUUGGUGGCGUCGAUAGGUUGACCGAUACCUCAAAAUAUACUGGAACUCACAAGGAAAGAUUCGAUGAAAGUGGAAAAGGCAAAGGAAUAGAAGGAAGAGAAGACAAAGCAGAUAAUUCUGGAUAUGUUGGGAAUUAUAAGGGAAAGGAUACAUACGACAAAACACAUCCCAAAAACUAGAAAACACAAACAAUAGAAAACCAAUCGGUUAUAUUUCAAUUGUACGCAACAUGAUACAGAGUUAAAGAGUUAUAUAUUUGCUAGUCAACUGAAUCCAAAAUUAUUCAAGUGGUGAUGAACAUCAAAAUUCUUCAUGGCACAAGGAGGACUAGACCUAAGGCAUCAAUUCAAAAAUUUCUCAAAAUUCAUGGACGAAGAAUCAGAUGGAACCACAAUAGGAAUACGACAAGUCGACCUUUGGUUACGUCAAGCUAAUAUCAUAGACAUGAACAUGGUUACAACGACACACACAGGUGUUUGUUUCAACAAAUUCAGAAUGAGAAGGAUCACUUUCAAAAUGUUCCAAGAAUUCCUGCUAGAUUUGUCUAACGAAGUGAAUGGUAACUUUGGAGAGUUCAAGGAAAAACUGGAAAAUUGCGGUUUGCCUGGUACAGCUAAGAAGGCCGAAGUUGCAAAAGAUUAGAAGAUUCAUGAUCAUGAUCAAUCAGAAUAUUUCAAACAUUUUUUUUCGUCUUCUUGUAUUUUUUUCAUAUGGAAUUAUAUAACAUCAAAUAUU